GUGAAAGUAGAUGUUGAUGGUGACGUGAAGGUUAAACGACGAUCAAACUUGAACUUGAAUCUUAAAUAUUGCAAUGUGGAUUUCCCAGAAAGCUCUUUAUUUAGCAUUGAUUGUAGUAUCAACUAAUUCCAAUCCAGUAGAAUAUAAAACUUACGCCCCAGCACACGACGAAUACAAAAACACAGACUACCAAUUUAGCUAUGGUGUUAAAGAUUUACAUACCGGUGACAUCAAACAUCAAUGGGAAAAAAAAGAUGGCGACAUGGUUAAAGGCCAAUACUCCCUCGUCGAGCCAGAUGGAUCAAUUCGAACAGUGGACUACACAGCAGACAAACAUUCAGGUUUCAACGCCAUAGUCAAACAUUCAGGUACCUUCAAACAUCCUAUACAAGCUAAGGAAGAACCAACUAGUCAUAACGAAGUAAUACUAAAGCCCAUAGAGGAUCAUUCCCAGUACGUUCACCAAUAUAUUAACGAAGAUCAAGGCCAAAAAUACGUAGCUGAAGGAACUAACUACCAGGAUGAAGAUAAUUCUAAUUUGGCUUAUGAGUACAUCCCGCAAGAAGAGUUAAACCACAGUUAUCCAUAUAAUACAGGUCAAGAAGAAGACGGUGAAGAAUCACAACAUUCUGCUGUUAAAUCGAAAUACAACUUUAAAAGACCGAACGCUAUAAGACACCAUGUUGCUAUUAAAGAAGAAUAUGAAAAAAUUCUACCAGAGCUGCCGAUAGAUUUGAGCCUAAUCAAAAAUAGCCCCAUAGAGCCUGUCGAUGUCAGUUUAAUAAACCCUGUCGAGGUUAAUAUUAACACAAAAACGUCUUAUAAAAAUAAAUACUCUGAAAAAGAUACUUCCUUGCAGCCAUCGCACGAGUUGACAGAAGAAGAAAUUGGUAACUUUUUGAAAGAGUAUUAUAAAAAUAAUCAUUCAGUUGCAGAACCUGAGGUAGAGGGAGGAUUUAAACCUAUUAAAACAAAGGCUAAGAAUACUUUUACACAACCUAUUCCAAACACUUUCAAAUCGAAUAAAAAACCUGCUAGUACUCCAGGUUUGAGCAGUUAUUCUUCCGGUAAUCAUAAUAAAAAUCAUGGACACCAUAUUAGGAGAAAUCCAAAGUUGAGUCAAACAGAUGUGCAGAAAGCAUUUGUUCAAAUGCCUCAUUUCCACUAUUAUGUUCCUAAAGAAGAUUUAUUAGAAGAACAGAAAAAGGCGAACAUCGCUAAACUUUACAGGUCAUUAUCUAGUGGGUAUUAUAGGUAUGCUAAACAUUUACUGUCAAUCUCAGCUCUGCUAGCUGCCACCCAAGCAGGGUACCUAGAUUCAGGCUACUCAACAUCCUACGCAUCUAAUCAUCUAGCUGCUCCAGUCCUAUCUCAUGGUUACGCCGCUCCAGUCGUCUCCCAUGGAUACGCUGCUCCAGUCGUAUCCCAUGGAUACGCUGCUCCCAUCGCCUAUGGUGGUCACGGCGGCCAUGAUGAAUACUCUCACGGCCACCAAGACUACUAUGCCCAUCCCAAAUACCAAUUCGAAUAUGGAGUAAAGGAUCCUCACACCGGAGACCACAAAUCACAACACGAAACCAGAGAUGGUGACGUAGUUAAGGGUUACUACACUGUUGCCGAACCUGAUGGCACCACUAGGACUGUUCACUACACCGCUGACGACCACAAUGGAUUCAACGCAGUCGUUGAAAAAUCUGGACACGCCGUACAUCCUGAAACUUAUAAUACUGGACACGCCGCAUAUCCUGAAACUUACGGCAGUGGACAUUACCAACAUUACUGA